CAAUUUCUCAUCAAACGCUCAUCGUCUUCCUCGAUUCCAUUCGAAGCCGCGGCCAAAAACUCCAACCCGCAUUCGAGGGAUCGAAGCCAUGGCGUUGAUUGGGACGGUGGCGGCGGCGGUGGUGGUGGCGGCGCUGAUGGCAGUGGUGGUGGAGGCCGGGGAUCACAACCCUGUCUUCCAGCCAUGCGCUGACACCAAGAUCCAGCGUUGGGAUGGGUUCACAUUAGGCGUGGCGCUCGCUCCGCGCGAUUCCUUCUUCUCCAACAACAUCCAGCUCUCCCCCUGCGAUAGCCGCCUCUCUCUCUCCGGCGCCGGCGCUCAGCUCGCCGUUUUCCGCCCCAAGGUCGACGAGAUCUCACUCCUCACCGUCAACACCUCGUCCUCGUCCUCGUCUUCGUCUUCUGGAUCUGGUGGUGGAUACAUGGUAGCAUUUGCAGGCAGGAAAUACGCAGCAAGGUCUCUUCCAGCAUUUUUUGGUAACAGUACAUACAGUGUGACCAGCUUUACUCUGGUAUUGGAGUUCAGUCAUGGCAGACUGCAAAACUUAUACUGGAAGAGAGAUGGUUGCGCGUCAUGUUCAGGUAAGUCCUCCUUCGUCUGCCUCAACAACCAGGAUUGUGCCAUCAAAACAUCCAGUUGCAAGAGCCAAGGCGGCUCUGUCGAUUGCAGCCUGGGGAUCCAACUGGCCUUCUCUGGCACAGACAAACACGACGUCGUUCUCAAUUCAUGGUACGAAAUAUCAAACCUCCGCCAGUACUCCCUUUUUGGCCUCUACUCCAAUCUCAAAGACUCACUCACUAGUCAAUACAACAAGAUAUUCUAGUUUCUUGAUCAAAUGACCAAAACUUGUUGCACGACCUGAUUUUCACUCUGUUUCCACGUUUUCAUUGAGUUUAUGCAUAAUUCUUCAUGAGUUGGAUGUGUUGUAAAUUUUACUCACUGCUUUAGCUUAAAACUUAUUUCCAACUCGACGGCAACACGACAAUUAUCCUAGUAGUAGCCUCACAUUAUCUAAUUGAACAAAUAUUUUCAUCUUGCUACUAGCUUUUAUGGGUACACCUAUUGAAACUUGGAUGUUUUAUCAUUGAUAUUUUGAUGAACUUAUUAUAAGUGUUAAUGUACAAAAUAUAUUAGACAACCAA